AUGGCGCCAAGUCGACUCCCCCGCGCGUCCACAGUGCUGCUCACGGCCACUUUGGCCGUCACGGCGACCGCCAUCGAUUUCAGCGGCCAGAAUGACAUCGCACAGACUGCAGCCACCGUAGCUCCCGGAGGGGAGACUUCCCAAGGCUGGUCACAGCCGACGACUACGGACACUCCUUCCGUUUGGACCCCAAUAAGUGGACAACCGAGUGGAACUGGAGACCAAGGCUGGUCGCAGCAGACAGGUUGGACGUCCACAGCAUCGUCCGCGACUGGAGCGCCUUCGAUCGGAGAGUCCAGUGGACCCGACGACGGAACUCUAGGCGUUGAGUGCAGUGGUUCGAGCGAUGAAGGUGGGGUAUCGGACGACCAGGGGAUGAGUCUCGAGUGCAGCGGCUCCGACGAAGGUGUCGAGGGGGGCGAUGACGACUACAGCCUCGAGUGCAGCGGGUCUGACGAGGAGGAACCGUCGACCGAGACUUCAACUGCGCCGACGACCACCACUGCACCGUCAACGUCCAGCGGAACGGGCGACCAAGGCCAGCCUUCGUCGACUGCCUCAUCGUCUGACACGGCCACCUCCGCUGCUUCAGGAGAGAGCGGGGAAACGAGUCCGUCGACUUCGACGACGUCUUCGUCCGACACUGCGACGUCGGGUGGCACUGGUGAGACGCAGACUUCUUCUACUGCCUCCUCUUCGAACACUGAUUCAUCCUCGAACACGGAGCAAUCGCCGGCGUCCUCAUCCAAUACGGCGCAACCGUCGAUGGCUUCCUCGUCCAACACGGAGUCUUCAGCGACGCAGGGAGGAUCGGAUGCGACGCAGACGUCGACCAGCACUGGCGAACACGCUACGUUCGGCACCGUCACGUCAAAAUCUGGCGCGUGCGUUAUCGGCAACCCGAACAAGUACGUGACAACGAAAGACAUCGACUGGGUGUACGAAAACCGUAUGGGUGUGAACCAGACCAACAACAAGAAUUGGAUCUUCGACCACAUUGUGAAGAACAAGGGCACGCUCAACUACUGCGUGCGCUGGGACAGCACGCAGAAACUGUCCAAGACGGUCGCGUCCAAGUUCCAGGCGAUGCUGGAGCGCCAGUACGCCGCGUGGAACCGCUGGUUGGUCGGCUACGGCUGUUGGCCCUACGACGAGAUCAAGGUCAACAUGGUCGGCUUUGCUGUCAAGGACGCGUCUCUGCUGGACUGGACGGACGACUCGCUCGGUACGAUUUAUGAGGGCGACCUUGACGCGGAAGGGGUUCCGCAGUGUCCUCAAACUUGCUACCGGUUCUACGACAAUGGUCCUCAGACUUGGACCGACACCAGCGGAUGCAAGGGCGAGCCUUUCGACCUCUCGCUCUGGCCCAAGCAGGGUCUUGAAGGUGGAUUCGGCUACGACUGGGGCCAAGAGGUCAACCUCGAAAACAUGCUGCAGACUAUCGAUAAGGAGCAGCUCACGAUCGUCGCCCACGAGAUCGGCCACGGCUUCGGUCUCCCCGAUUUUUACUCGGAGGCGGAGAAGCCCAAUCCCGACUGGCCCAGCUGUAUCAUGAUGGCUGGCAGCUCCAUGACUGUCACGGACAGCGAUGGCUGGAUGGUGCGCCGCGCGUACGAACAUAUCCGCUCGCGCUACAAUUUUAAGUAA